GUCAACUGUCAUUGCUUGCUUUUUCAAAGGCGAAGCAUCAUUUAAAAUUACAUUUAUUUUGAUUUUCAUUACAAUAAAAACUGCAACUUUCCCGUUCAAAAUGAUUCCGAGUGAGGUUUUCAUGGACGACUACAUGAGUGCCAUAAUACGCUAUGGAUUAUACAUCGGGGCAGUAUUUCAAGUGGCCUGCCUGUUCGCCUGCGUGACUUUAACUGAUGAACAGAGUGAUCAUCAUCAACAUGACAAAGCAUUCACUGAUAGUUCCGAGUGCAGCUCAGAACAAUCCUCUCCGGGCCACAGACCAGCCAUUUCGAGGCCGCGACGUCAUGACAAAAAGAAGAGGCGUUAGUGGAAACGAUUCAUAAAAUAAUUUUACUAAAAUAUUAUUGGAAUAGAAUCUCACAUUAUGUAUUAAUGUUUAGACUAUGCAAGUGGUUUGAAAAUGUAAGAUUUUAUUAACUUAAACCGUAGGCAAAGCAACUUUUGUUGAUCUAGCAGCCUCCACGGAGCAGUAGCCCAACAUUUGUGGUUCUUGGCUGAACCUCUAUAUUUUGGUUGAGACAUUAAGAUUUAAAAAUAAGAUAUUAUUGUGUUGGUUACUUUUCUAAAUCAGUCAGUUCUUGUACAUGUUACU